CCGCCCUCUGUCUGUUCCUGGCUGAGGCGGGGCGGCGGGAGCUAUGGCGGCUGUGACAGAUGUGCAGCGACUACAGGCCCGUGUGGAGGAGCUGGAGCGCUGGGUGUACGGGCCGGGCGGGUCUCGCGGCUCGCGGAAGGUGGCCGAUGGCCUGGUCAAGGUGCAGGUGGCUUUGGGGAACAUCGCCAGCAAGAGGGAGAGGGUGAAGAUUCUGUACAAAAAGAUUGAAGACCUGAUCAAAUACCUGGAUCCUGAGUACAUUGACCGCAUUGCCCUACCUGAUGCCUCUAAGCUGCAGUUCAUCUUAGCAGAGGAGCAGUUUAUCCUCUCCCAGGUUGCGCUUCUGGAGCAGGUGGAGGCUUUGGUGCCCAUGCUGGACAGCACUCAUAUCAAAGCCGUUCCUGAGCAUGCCGCCCGCCUGCAGCGCUUGGCCCAGAUCCACAUCCAGCAGCAGGACCAGUGUGUGGAGAUCACUGAGGAGUCCAAGGCUCUCCUGGAGGAAUACAACAAGACUACAAUGCUUCUCUCCAAGCAGUUCGUGCAGUGGGAUGAGCUACUUUGCCAGUUAGAGGCUGCCAAGCAAGUGAAGCCAGCAGAGGAGUGAUGGCUGCUUCCCAUCCUAGGGUGGGCCAGGGCAGCCAGGCUCCAGGCCCUGUACCCACCUGCCCUUGUAACAGGGCAGAGCAGAGGCAGCUCUGUAUUUAUUGGAUUCACAGCCUACCCAUCUGCAUUCAGGUGGGGCUCUGGGGUCAGAGGUCUGGCUACUUGAGAUUUGCUACUUGCACCCCCUCCCCUCAUCAGUGUCCUGUUCCAAAGACAAUAAACUGUACAGAUCACUGGA